CCUUGUUUCCUCUCAUCUGUCCUUGGCCGCUUCACUCCUCUCCUCUCCAGCUGAUCUUCCAAACUUGGUCAUGUUCUUCGUUCUGCAGCCAAAUACUGGGAGCUUUAAACAGCAUCCAUCACACUCUCACACACACACUCACACAGAGGGCUCUGGCCUUUACUUUGUUUCUAUUUUAGCUCGACUCGCUCAGACGGUGGUCAUGGCUCGCUGCAAGAGUUACUUACGAGGACUGGACAUCUGUGUGACUGUGCUGCUACUGGUGUCGGGACUGGUGAUGAUCGGUGUCGGCUUCUCCUCCAUCGAUGGUAAUGUACCAGUUGCUGAGUUGUUCGACCAGUUGUCCAGUAGCGAUGGUUUGAUGGUCCUGCAGGUCCUGGGUCCAAUUACAGUGGUUUUAUCUAUUCUGGGUGUUUCUGCUGCAUCUUUAGACCUCAAACCUCUGCUGCUGCUGUUUGCUGCUCUGACGUUCGUGGAGUUUGUGGCUCUGAUCAUUGUGGCCUCACCUCUGCUUCAGGUUCAAGCCCAGAUGGACAGUGCUGUGGAGGAUGUGUUUGUGAAUGUGACUCCUCUUCACAGAGCCGAUCCUUACAUCAUAGGAGAACUGAACAAACUCCAAGCCUCAGACUCUUGUUGUGGUUUGAGGAGUUUUGAGGACUGGGAGGCCCACCUUCCUGUCUCCUGUUUCUGCAUACCUCCCACUCCUCAUUCCCCCACUAAUAUGAAGCAGAGUUCUGACUCUGGUAACUUCACCGUAGCGGGGUCCUGUCUGUUGGUGGGUAGUGACCUUAACCCCCCAGCCCAACAUGUUACAGAUAAAUUGUGGGUUCAUGCCAAGCCAUGUGGUCGCAUCCUGAAAAGCUACCUGAGUUUCCCCAUCAAACUACGAAUAGGAAUCAUUUCAGCCGUCACCACAAUCACGUUGACAGCUAUUGCGUUGUCCCUUGUGCUGGGUCUGGAGAAGUACUGGAAGAACCCUCCUGUCGAAGCUACAGUCGACCACUACAACCGAGUGAAAUACCAACCCAAACCCACCCUAACCUGACCUCUGAACUUUGACCUCUGCAUCAGUUCAUACUGAUUACUUCAAGAUUUCAAUGAAACCUCAUCAUCCAGUGUCUUGGGAAGUUAAAAAUGUCACUAAAACAGCAUAUUUAUUUAUGACACAAAGAGACUCAUAUAAAAGUAAAAUAAAGUACUAGAUUUAAUCUAAUUUAUGUAAAAGUAAAUGUGUGAUUUUGGGUUUACUGGCAUUUUUUUUAAUGAUCCAGUAGCGCAAAAGGGGACCUGUUUAGGGAGUUUUGUAGGAUAUUUUUUGUGGGGAGGGGUCUGCUUUCCCAGAAGUGGAGUCAGUCAACACUUGAGAGUUGAAGUAGACACUUAAAAUUCAUUUGUGCUGCGGAGACAGUCUGUCCCCCGUCAGGUUUAUCGUAAAUUCCAACAGAAACAGUCUAAAAGCUGACAAAAUGUUCAUGGUAAGACUAAAUGGUGAGCUGUAAUUUCUGCUUUUACAAAGAUGUCAGUUAUAUCUGAAAAGAGCACGGCCAACAUAAAUGUAGAGCUCUUGACCUCUUAUCUGAGACUUUGACUGCUGGGAAAUGU